AUGGCGCAGUACUUCUUCGAUCUCCUGUACACGUUUACAGACUGUCUCUGCUGCUUCCCGAGCUCACCGCAGUUGAAGAUAAACAACCGGAGCUUCAAGCUGCUUCGUCUGCUCGGAGAGGGCGGCUUCUCCUAUGUCUAUCUGGUUCAAGACAAGAGCACUGAUGAGCUCUUUGCGCUCAAGAAGAUACGAUGUCCGUUCGGUCAAGAAUCCGUCUCGCUCGCCCUCAAGGAAGUCGAAGCAUACAGCCUGUUCACGCCCAACCGCAACAUCAUCCAUUCCAUCGAUUACUCCGUCGUAACUGAGUCCGGGUCGAAGUUCAGGUCAGACGGUGCAGACGCUGGCUCAAAGACCGUCUACAUCCUUCUGCCAUACUACCAGAGAGGAAACCUCCAGGACGCAAUCAAUGCUAAUCUGGUCAAUCAUACCUCUUUCCCGGAGAAGGAGCUGAUGGUGUUGAUGCUGGGUGUCGCAAAGGCACUGAAGUGUAUGCAUCAGUACAAGGUGAAGGAUUCGGCGUCUCGGGGGAAUGGGAACGGGGCUGCAAAAAGCAAAUCGAGAGCGAAGCCGACUAGACGGACGAGUCGUAGGGUUGAUGACGACGACGACACGGAACAGGAGCCCCUGAUGGAAGGUGAGGUUGCAAUCAGCCAGGAGGGUGUGGAAGAGGGGGAAUACAGACCGUAUUCUCAUCGAGAUAUCAAGCCUGGGAACAUUAUGAUCGAUGAUGACGGCAAGACACCGAUUCUUAUGGAUCUAGGGUCCCUCAGCCCGAGUCCCAUCGCAAUCACAUCCCGCUCCCUCGCCAUAGCUGUUCAAGAUACGGCAGCCGAACACAGCACUAUGCCAUAUCGCGCUCCAGAGCUAUUCGACGUGAAGACAGGCUCCAUUAUCGAUGAGAAAGUCGACAUCUGGUCCCUUGGUUGCACAUUAUACGCCUGUCUCGUAGGCAAGAGCCCCUUUGAAGCUCGCAGUGAGGAAACAGGUGGCAGUCUCGCCAUGUGUGUGUUGGGUGGGGACUGGCGCUUCCCUGAUGAAAAGGGCGGGAAUACCGAUGCUGGAAAAGGGAAGGCCAGAACCCCUUCGCAUGGCGAUACGGCGGAUGCAGACUCGUCUGGGAGCGGAGGUAUAAGCCAGCCUGUAAAGGAGCUCGUCAGACGCUGUUUACGGGUUGAACCUGCAGAACGGCCUGAUAUCGACGAACUCAUUACAUUGAUCAAGGAGACGAUACAGCAGCUUCCUGACGAUCAGGGGAUGGCGUCGGGUGUCUAA